UCAUUGACCUCAGAUUAAAGCCAUCCAUGAUCGUAUUAUUAGAGAUAACUCGAGCGAAGGGAAAUUCUACGUGUAGAAGCGAUAAUGUAGAUUUUCUGUGGUCUUGAAGUCUGACAUCCAAACCUCUUGUUGGGAGGAAAAAAAUGAAAAGAAUUGACGUCGUUUUUUCCCUCAUACUCACUCACACCUACGAGUACAGGCGAGGGGGAGGGGCUUGGUCAGGCACAAACCUGUCCCCUCCCCUCCUUCAGUCUUUAAGGGCACACAAAGCCUCUCAAUCCGAUCCCACCACACCACAGCACACCACACCAAAACUUCCACCUCACUUCCUCUCUACAAACUCUUGAAAUCUUCCCAACUUGUCGUCUCAGUCCAAGAAUCUCCGCUUUGCUUUGCGCACCACAAACCAGGUUAAUCCAUAGCCGCCAAAAUGCCUGAGAAAUGGGGUAAGUUGCGCACAAAGUACUUUGAACUUCUACAUCGUGAUGGGCACUUUCCACUGCGCGAUGCAUCUUGAGGUUCAUCCGCAAAUUUGGGCGAUACACUCAAGAUCGACGCUGCAGGAGACGUUGCACAGUCAUCACUUCCUUGACCUCCAUUUGACUGACCGCUCUUUUUAGACGAAGAGGAGUCGUCCGACGAUAGUUCCACCGGUGCCUCGACCACUCCUGUGGCCGCUGCGGUUGUUCGACGUGGCAAAUUCGACGAUGAGGAGGAAGGGGACAGCGAUGUACGUUUUAUCAAAGUUGUCAACUUACACAGCCAUGAAUGUUAUGCUGAUGGAAACUAGGUCCUGGACAGCUGGGAUGCCGCAGAGGACUCCGAAGUUGAGCGCGAGAAAGCCAAAGUAGCGGCAGCGAAGAAGGCCAAGGCAGACGCAGAGGAGAAAGCCAACAAGAAGACAAAGGCUCAGCGCAUCGCAGAAAGACAAGCCGAAAAUGCACGAAGAUUGGCAGAGGAUAAUUCCGACGAGAGCAGCGAGGAGGACGAGGCCGCGAGACGAGAGCGCCUUCGAAGAACUGAGCAAGAUUCAGAUCUCAAGCACGCCGAAGAUCUCUUUGGAAACAUUGGUAUCAGUAACAGUCGCAAGGCCACCACCGCAGCCAACGCCGUUGUUGUGAACUCGAAUGACCCAACCGCAACCGUCGAUCUCACUACCCUUUCACUAUUUGACCCCAAGACCAAACUGCAAUUCGAAAAGAUGCGCGACACACUCGUCCCGGUCAUCUCAAAUAACAACAAGAAGGCCCAUUACACCAUCUUCCUACAGGAAUUCGCAAAGCAGUUAGCCAAGGACCUCCCAAGCGAUCAAAUCAAGAAAAUCGCUAGCACAUUGACUGCCUUGAGCAACGAGAAGAUGAAGGAGGAGAAGCUUGCGGAGAAAGGAGGCAAGAAGAGCAAGGCUCAAAAGACAAAGGCUACACUGGUUGCAACCCGCAAUGUCUCUGCUGUUGCUGAUGUCAAUGCCUAUGACGACGAUUUCGGAGAGUAAGUUAAGCAAUCCCUAGAUCAGACUACAAGAUACUAAUCUACUCCAGUGAUGAUUUCAUGUGAAGCAGGACCACGAGAACACUUUUCGCGCUCUGCCUCUUUUCAAAAGCAAAUUUACCAGCAACGCGAGGCGCCUAUGGUCUUCACCAAAAGCAAGUCACACCACAGUCGGGACACUUGUUCACCGUGAUUUGAUGCAUUACGAGUGGGGGGAUCAGCUUCCACCCAGGUGCAGGCAACUUGCCAAUUCCCAGGCCUUGGGGGCCAGAUAAUCACGACGGGAUGGAUGGAUGUUCCUGAGGUUGCAGCCAAGAAAUAUUACAUGGGGCUCUCUUUUUAUUUUGUCGUUCCAUUUUAGAUGGCAUGAUCCUCAUGGGUUUGUAGAAUGCGUGCAUUGUGCCUUGACUUGACUUGGCAAGCGUCGUUUUGUUGCUAUAUGCUUUACCUUUUGAAUCUGAGCAAGACUGGGCAUUGGGGAGGAAUGCUUUUCUAGUAUGGAGAUAGGAAGUAAUUAGUUGAGUAGUUUAUUCUAUGAGAAUUGCAUGGCUUUGCGUAU